AUGACUUCUCUCACCAGCAAUAGAUACUCUGCAAACCAUGAUAGGACCGGUUCUUCUAAUUCUGAUUGUGAAAUUGAAAUUGAAAUUGCCAGUAGUACUCUGUGCGAUGAAAACGACCUAGAUUUAGGUGAUGAGGCAAGCAAAAAAAGUACUAGUUCAAGAUUGCCGGAUCCUUUUGCAGUCGUUACAGUUGAUGGCGAACAAACACAUACUACUUCCGUGAUCAAGAGAAGCUUGAACCCAUACUGGAAUGAAAGUUUUGACAUACAAGUAACAAAUCAAAGUGUAAUUGCCGUUCAAAUUUUCGACCAAAAGAAAUUUAAAAAGAAGGAUCAAGGAUUUUUGGGUGUGAUCAACAUUCAAAUAAGCGAAGUGUUUGAUGAUCUUAGUAUUGGUGGCGAUGGGAUGUUGACGAAAGAUCUGAAAAAGUCAAAUGCAAAUGAAGUUGUACAUGGGAAACUCAUUGUAAACCUAUCCACAAAUGUAAAUGUGCCACCUUCCCAUCCAGGAGUGAGAGACAAUAUGACAAAUAGUAUCACUACUUCCGAUUCUUCUCAUUUAAGUCAGAGGACCAUUGCUGAGAACUCGCGACCUUCAAGUAUGAGCAGUUCAACUCCCACAGUAGGAUCUAGUUCUCAAAAUAUUCCUGUGGCGGGACCCAGCGUAACGUCCGGGAGCAGUUCGGGUGUACGUACAUUUGGUUCCUUCGAAGACCAAUAUGGUCCAUUGCCACCUGGUUGGGAACGUCGAGUUGAUCAUCUUGGUCGUACUUACUAUGUCGAUCACAAUACACGUACAACCACUUGGACAAGACCAUCGAUGAGUGCAACAGCUACUCAGCGAUUACAAGAGCAUCAAAAUAUAACAGAGUUGGAGCGUCGUUCAGAAGGUGAAGCAUCCACAAGCACCACCACUACUACAAAUGGUUUUGCACCUAUUGGACAUGUCGGAGCCACGACGGCUGGCUAUGGUCCGUUGCCUUCUGGAUGGGAACAAAGAACAACACCUGAAGGUCGACCAUAUUUUGUUGAUCACAAUACUAGAACAACAACCUGGGUGGACCCUCGUAGACAGCAAUACAUCAGAAUGUAUGGUGGAAAUCAAAACAGUGUAACCGUUCAACAACAACCUGUAUCUCAAUUAGGUCCGCUACCUUCUGGGUGGGAAAUGCGGUUAACAAAUACGGCCAGGGUGUAUUUCGUGGAUCAUAAUACAAAAACAACCACUUGGGACGAUCCUCGGUUGCCUAGUAGUUUAGACCAAAAUGUGCCUCAAUACAAGCGAGAUUUCCGUAGGAAACUUAUAUAUUUCAGAUCUCAGCCGGCGCUUCGACCUGUACCUGGUCAGUGUCACAUCAAAGUUCGACGGAAUUUCAUCUUUGAAGAUGCCUACUCGGAAAUCAUGAGACAACAACCCCAGGAUCUAAAAAAACGCCUAAUGAUUAAAUUUGAUGGUGAAGAUGGAUUAGAUUAUGGUGGUUUAUCGAGGGAAUUCUUUUUCCUUCUUUCACAUGAAAUGUUUAAUCCAUUCUAUUGCCUUUUCGAAUACUCUGCUCAUGACAAUUACACCCUUCAAAUUAAUCCUCACUCGGGAAUCAAUCCUGAACACCUUAACUACUUUAAAUUCAUUGGACGGGAUAUGGAAAGCGUGGACGCAGAUUUCUAUAGAAGUUUGACGGAAAAUGACAUUACGGACGUUUUGGAUUUGACGUUCUCUACUGAGGAUGAUCGAUUUGGUGAAGUGGUGACAGUUGACUUGAAAGAGAAGGGUGGAGAUAUCCCCGUGACAGAAGAAAACAAAAAGGAAUAUAUCGAUCUUAUUACCGAAUGGCGCAUUUCAAAGCGUAUCGAAGAACAGUUUAAGGCCUUCAUGGAAGGCUUCAAUCAACUCAUACCGCAAGAUUUGAUCUCCGUUUUUGACGAGCGAGAAUUAGAGUUACUUAUUGGAGGCAUCGCUGAAAUUGACGUCGAUGAUUGGAAAAAACACACCGAUUACCGAGGGUACACAGAAUCAGACGAUGUCAUACAUGUGUACGAUCAUGGGACUCCGAAAAGAAAUCCCGUUUACUACAAUUCGCCACCGGUACAUCUCGAAUCCCUGUCAAUGGCUUCAAAGAUUUACAAGGAAGCGAUGGGCCUCGGCGGUUUACCAUAG